UAAAACGUCAAAGCUGUGCGUCAAAGGAAUGAUUUUCUAAAUAAAAAUAAUAGGUAAUAAAUGGGCUAAGUCGCAAUAAAAAAAAUAACUUAAACCAUCGCACUUCGCGGAAUUGUGAACUAACUUAAUCAUUUAUAGUUUCUUGGAGUGAUACUACAAUAAUUAAUAAUUGAAGUGUGCCAUGACUGGUGAUAGGAUUACGGAGCGUCGAAGAUCGCGCUCACGAGAACGCCGCGAUCGCUAUGAAGACCGAGAGACUCAUAGGGAAAAAGCGAAACGUCGCGAACGGUCUAGGAGUCCUAGGAAAGAACGUGACAGAUCUCGCAGCCCCGCCAGGAAAGACAGAGACCAAGGAGACCCUCGUAAAGAUCGCAUGCGAUCGAGGAGUCCUAAAAGACGUGAUAACAGGGAUAAGGACCGCCGCGUUGACGAUAGAGACAAGAACAAAGGUAAGAGAGACGAUGACAAACAAGAUGAAGAGGAAGAACAACCGAAACCGGUUAAACGUGAACCAUUGUCAUUAGAAGAGCUACUUGCUAAGAAAAAGGCUGAGGAGGAAGCUCGAAGCAAACCGGUGUUCCUAACUAAGGAACAGAGAGCAGCGCUUGCUUUAGAGAGACGUAGAGAACAGGUUGAAGCAAUGCGAGCCAACAUUGAUAAACCAGUGGUCACUACCAUCGACCUUACAGGCCCGUCCAAGAGAGAAGAGGAGAGGAAAUACAGAGAGGAGAGAGAAAAUAGGGAAAGGGAGCGAGAACGGGAAAGAGAAAGAGAAAGAGAGAAGGAGAGAGAGAGGAAAUAUGAAGAAAGAAAGUCUGGUAAUGAUCGUAACAAAGAUGAUAAAAAAGAAAAAAGUGAGGAUAAUAAAACCAAAGAUAAGGAAAGGGAGGAAGAAGCUAUUAAAGCUCGCUAUUUGGGCAUUGUGAAGAAAAAGCGUAGAGUUAGAAGAUUAAAUGACCGAAAGUUUGUCUUUGACUGGGAUGCUUCAGAAGACACUUCAAAUGAUUACAAUCAGUUGUACAAAGAGAGACAUCAAGUGCAGUUUUUUGGUCGAGGCCACAUUGCUGGUAUUGAUAUUAAAUCCCAGAAAAAGGACUACUGUAAGUUCUAUGGAAAUCUGUUAGAGAAGAGGAGAACAGAGCUGGAGAAAGAACAGGAGAAGCUGCGUUUGAAGAAAGUUAAGAAGAAGGAAGAUAAACAGAAAUGGGACGACAGGCACUGGUCUGAGAAAGACCAUGAUGAGAUGACAGAACGAGACUGGAGAAUCUUCAGAGAGGACUACAACAUUACGAUCAAAGGCGGCAGGAUACCAAACCCCAUUCGUUCCUGGAAGGAAGCUAACUUCCACAAUGAUGUUAUGGAAAUCAUAAACAAAGUGGGCUACAAAAGCCCAACACCUAUUCAACGGCAGGCUAUUCCCAUUGGGUUACAAAAUCGGGAUAUUAUUGGUGUUGCAGAAACAGGAUCCGGUAAAACACUAGCUUUCCUCAUCCCUCUACUGACAUGGAUUCAGUCAUUACCGAAAAGUGAACGCUUGGAAGACGCUGAUCAAGGCCCUUAUGCUAUAAUCCUAGCACCAACCAGAGAGUUGGCCCAACAAAUAGAAGAAGAAACUAACAAAUUUGGUAUUCCAUUAGGCAUUACUUCUGUAGUUGUUGUUGGAGGUCUGUCGAGGGAAGAACAAGGUUUCAAACUCAGGCUUGGCUGUGAGAUAGUCAUUGCCACACCUGGUCGUCUGAUCGACGUAUUGGAAAACAGAUAUUUAGUUCUGAACAGAUGCACAUAUGUUGUGCUUGAUGAAGCCGAUCGUAUGAUUGACAUGGGUUUUGAACCUGAUGUGCAGAAGAUUCUGGAAUUCAUGCCAGUUUCUAAUAUUAAACCAGACACGGAUGCAGCAGAGGAUGCAUCAGUAUUACUUGCCAAUUACAAUACUAAGAAGAAGUAUAGGCAAACUGUGAUGUUCACAGCUACUAUGCCACCGGCUGUCGAAAGGUUGGCGCGUACUUAUUUACGCCGACCUGCUAUCGUAUACAUCGGUUCAAUUGGUAAACCAGUUGACAGAACAGAACAGGUAGUGUACCUGAUUGGGGAGAACGAAAAACGUAAGAGGCUCACGGAAAUAUUGCAACGUAACGUCGAACCACCAAUCAUCAUAUUUGUUAACCAGAAGAAGGGUGCAGAUGUUCUUGCUAAAGGUCUUGAGAAGCUUGGGUUCAAUGCUUGUACAUUGCAUGGUGGAAAAGGUCAAGAGCAGAGAGACUUUGCUUUGGCUUCACUUAAGAAUGGAUCCAAGGAUAUACUGGUUGCCACAGAUGUUGCCGGUCGUGGUAUUGACAUUAAGGAUGUUAGUAUGGUCAUAAACUAUGACAUGGCUAAAUCUAUAGAGGAUUACACCCAUCGUAUUGGACGUACCGGUCGUGCAGGCAAGACUGGUAAAGCUGUAUCAUUUGUCACUAAAGAGGACUCCGCUAUAUACUAUGAUCUUAAACAAGUUUUACUGGCAAGCUCAGCAUCUACGUGUCCACCGGAACUCAUGAACCAUCCGGAGGCCCAACAUAAGCCUGGUACAGUGGUUACAAAGAAACGAAGGGAGGAAAUGAUUUUUGCAUAAAUAUAUUAACUAGAUGAUCCCUGCAAUGUUGUCCUUGUGGAUUAUUGUUUUUUUUAAUUCUAUGGGGACCCUGAUUUUCCAGAAUAAAAAGUAGUAUCCAAAAAAGGCUGCUGUAACGUUAAAGCGUAGUAAAAGAAAAGUAACCAUCUCCAGGAUACAAGCUAUCUGAGUUCUAUUUUCAUGAAAAUAGAUUAAGCCAAUGGACAGUGAAAAAGUAACAGACAGACACUUUAACAUUUAUAAUACCUAUUCUUAUGAAUGUACUAUAGACAUUGUA